AUGCUCUCGCUGACCCAGCCAUGGGUAAAAAAUCGCGCGAGUGCCGGAAAUCCCGGGAAACGGUCUAGGCCUGAAGACAAAAAUGACAACGUGACUGCCGCGAAGAAGCUGCUCGACAACAAUCGGUUCUCCAUUCUGAAGGACGGUGCAGAACCGCUGACGGUAACAACAGGACCGCCGAGAAAGGACAGAAUGUCGCCCUUCUACGUGAAAGGCUUUCCUCCCGGACUGCGGGAAAAAAUAAACUUCUACAUCACGAAGGGCGUCCGGUGCACCAUCCAGCUGUGCACGGAAGGAUACAAAUUGAUGGUUCCGGCAUUAAAAUAUUACAAGACGGUACAGACCAUACUGAACCAAGCACAGGUGGAGUACUUCUCCCACGACAUCGAGACUGUUAAGCCGUUCAAGGUGGUCAUGCGAGGACUAUACGACAAGGACACAGGCGUCCUCUUGGAAGAGCUGGUGGCUAAUGGACAAAAGCCUGUCCACUUACACAAGAUGGCCCGCCACAACAAGGCCGUCAAAUACCACGACCAGCUAUACCUGGGCAUCCGCGUCCUGUUCAACAUUGUGGUGAAGUGGGAGCGGUACAAGCCGGUCAGCCGUGGAGUCACCCAAUGCUUGAACUUCCAACUGUUCGGGCAUGGAACGAAGAAUUGCCAUAUGAUCAGCCGCUGCAUCAAGUGUGGCAAACAAUACAAAACCGACGCCUGCGACAGACUCGAUGAAGCCGAUCCCAUUUGCGCCAACUGUGGUGCUGAUCACAAAGCUACAACUAAGGCCUACCCGAAGCGCACCGAGUACAUCGAGAUCCGGAAGAAAGCAUCGACGAGAAAUCAGCCUGGCCGCAGGACAAAUGGCCAUUCAUCAUUCGGCCGUUUGUACUGA